CCUUUAUGUCAGGAGAAAGAGAUUUCCUUCAGCCUGGCUGUUUCCAGUCACCCCAGAGAACGCUUCGUUGCUGCUGGUCUCUCAGAAAGAAAGGCUUGUGACACGUCUGGCACUUGUCCAUCCCAUUCUUAGCUUACUUGGCAUCCAUCUCAACUCUGAUAUGCUGAGGAAUAACAUAACUGCCCACCAGGAAGCAAGGGUAACAUUUAAAGGCUGCUGCUACUUGUCUGUCAGGCAUUAAUAUUCAUUUCUGCUCAACGUUUUUUAGUACUAAGGCAGUCCUUGAGCUACAGGACUCCAGAGUGAUUUACAUAGGCAUCAGUUACACAAUCUCUUUCUGAGGGCACUGAAGCACAAUGAAAAAAAGUAUUUGGUUGAAGCUGAUUUAAAAUGCACUACUGACAUGGCCAACAGAACAAACUCAUCUGAGUACUUCUGGUCUUAUGAAUAUUAUUGGGAUUACAUAGAUCCAAUUCCAGUAGAUGGAAGGAAGUUGAAAGUUAAUAAAUAUUCUAUUGUUAUAGCCUUUUGGGUUGGACUUGCUGCCUUUGUGAUGUUUCUUUUCCUUAUUUUGCUCUGUAUGUCCCGCUCUGGAUCAAAUCCAGUAAAACAGGUGGUCGUAAGGAACCAGGUAGAAGAAAGCAGUUCCAACAGCGAGCAGCCUCACUGCGACAACCUCAGUAGUCCAUUCCCAGAUCUGGUUGCUCCUGGAACACCCAGCUGUCUUCCAGAUGAAACUGGCAUUCAUGGAAGUGUCUCAGCCUGAGUUAAAACUGGAAGAGUGAAACAGAAUCAGCAGGACAGUCCGCCUGGCUGUGGAAACAAUUAGUACAUUAGACUGCAGCCGAAUUAGUUCAGGGAAAGAACAACGAAGACCAAACCUGACAAAUCCUGGAUGCCUAAAAGGAAGAACUACCUGCGAUAGUUGAGCAGCAUUGCUGGAGUUGCCUGAUUAGUAGAACAUUUUAGAUUCUGAUGAUGACUGCAAAAUCUCUCUCAGUAAAGAUUCAAACUCUUCUCUCAGUUACGUCAUGCAAAAUGUUUGCUGCCUGUUGAGUAAUUCUCGUUAACAGGCAGUUGGCUGAGAGCAGAUCUACUCCUCCAGCAGAAAGCAUAUACCAGUUAUUCUGUCCUCUAAAGCACACUGAGUCCUAUUACCCUCAGGGGUAUCUCUGCAGAAACAGUUUUCCCUGAGUUUUCUUGCUGUGAAGGAAAGCAGCAUCACAUCAUUUGGGCAGCAUAAACAAUAUUGUUCAGACAUUGUGAGAUCGACAGUGACACAGGUAUUUCUAGCUUUGUCCUCAGACCACAAUCUCAUCAACAGCAUCUUAGCGACAUUUCCACUUGGUCAUCCUCUCAAAAGUAAGCAACAGUGAUGAGUCUAACAUCAACAGUAGAACUUUGCUUUUGGAAGGGUUACAGCUUGCUUUGCUGAUUUAAAGUUCAGCAAUUCCAUCAAGGAUAGAAUAUGGUUUGUAUUUUUUUGCAGUAGAAAAGUAAAUAUUUGGUUUACUUAAAAAUCAUUAACACCGUUUAGCUAGAACAGCCUUUAAAAAAUGUACUGGCAGCACUAUAUAUCUCAAGUGAGUGUCUUACUGAAUAAACUCAUUAGCUUUACCCAUUGCCCAGAAAUAGUUUUGCCACAAAUAGUCCACCACCUUUUGCUUUCAUUUUGAAUAAAUGGGAAAGAAACUGUGAAGACUGAAAAGAUAUGAAAAGGUAUCUGUGUGUUACUCAGGAUUUAGAAGAAGUGUGUUUAUCGUGUUUUAUACCAGAGGAAAAUGCUGACAAAACCACAAAAGCAACAACAUAUUUCUGCACAACCUGCUUGCUUUCAGCUGAGGCUCAAAAAUAUUCUGGAAUCUAGAGCCUCUGUGGGGGCCACAGAUGCUUUUCCAUGAGGUGAAGAGGACAAGUUUAGCUCUGCUGGAGCAGAGGCAGAAGGGCCACUCACACUCCCAACCCUUCAUCUCUCUCCACCUCUCCUCAGCCCUGGAGUGCCACCAAAGCUAGGUAGAGCCAGACAGAAGUCCAAGAGAGGGUGAGAAACCCUUAGAGCUACAGUAAAUGUGUGACCAGGAUUGCAGAUGUGUGACCAGGAAGGCUGUGAGGGCUGUAGUAGAAAAAAGACUGCAUAACUAAUUGCUUGUCUGAGGACAACACAGAAUUCACUUGAUACUUGAGGAAAAAUUUAGGAAUUCCACUUCACCAAGCAGGCAGCGGAAACUCCUACAGUGAACCAGUGGCAGAGCAGCUUUAUGCUGCAUAUGGAGGAUGUGGGUAUGUUGGGUUGUGUUAACAAAGUGUUAAACCCAAAAAACAGACCAAACCAUAAAGUAUGUAUUUGUAGUUGCACUGUUUUUUUAAAACUCCAUUUUCUUAAAUCUCUGAGAUAAACUCUUCUGAAGUUUCCUCUUUGAGCAAAUUAACUACCACUGGUAUUGGGCUUGGAAUCCUAUUGAAGCUUCAAGUCUGCUGAGUCAUGGAUAUAUGGAGAAAGUGAGGAAACACUGCAGGAACCAUAAACAGAACAUGGACAGAGAUGUAUCAGAGAGCUAAAGUUUUCCUUCAGCCAACCCAGAUGGCCACAGCAGCCUUCCCCACUUCAGAUACAUUUACGAUUUGCUAGACCUGAAGCACAUCCGUCAAAAGACAUAAAUGACCAUUUGUGGCAAAGGCCAGGCUGCCCUCCGCUGACAACAAAGCUCCUCUGCCUUAAAAGGGGUCAGAAUUUUUCCUGUGUGGCACCAGCUGUGCCACUGUAAAUCGUGUCUACACUCAGACUCCUCUGCAGCCUACAGCAUCAAUGCAUUGUGGAAACACUGCAUCCAUCAGCCAACAAAGCGCAACCCAAAGCAGCUUGUGCUGUUGGUUCAAAGACAUAGUUGGCUCCCAUUAAAAUGGAGCAACUCUGCCCAGUUGCUCACACUGCUUGAAGUCCUUUCCUUCCAACACGUCAGAUGUGUUGCACACCACACAAGCCGCCCAUCGUGGGGCUGAGAUCCACUUGACAACCCAGGCAGCACCACCUGCACCGAAACACGCAGGUGCCUACCACACACACCGUACCUCAGGAAGCAAUAUAUUCUUUGGGGCUGUUGACUUUGCUGACUUCCUGUGCAUUUUGGGAGAAAGGCCUGAAAGACCUGUCCUUGCGAUGAGGGCAGGCCGCUGGGCCUGCUGCAGCACAUUCUCAAGUUUCAUCCACGUGGUUCUCAUCUCAAGGAAAACAGCAAAACAAAUAACUUGUAUUAAACUGUAGAAACUCUUUGUUUUAAAAUGUAGGCUCACGUAGGGGGCAAGUUUUCCACUUCUGGAUCCUCUCCAUAAUUUAUUCCAUUCAAGCCUAACUUUUGAAGAUAGUAACUCACCAUCUAAUUUAUUGAAAUUCAUUCUGAGUAUGUUGGCAGCAAUUCACACACACAAAUCACUCAACUGCUAGCCAUCUGUGUAGGGCUUUUUUUAAAUAUAUUUGACCAUUAUUUCCAGAAGGACGUCAUAAUAAUCUCUUAAUUGCUCCAUUAUUAGACUAUAUUGAAGCUCACAGAAGCAAUGAGAGACGGAGCCGUUUUUAAAAGUUCCCACAUGCAGAGCUACAUCUCUUUACUUAGAAUCAUGGAAUGGUAGGGGUUGGAAGGGACCUCUGGAGACUAUCGAGUCCAACCUCCUGCUAAAGCAGUUCCCUACAGCAGGUUGCACAGAAAAGCGUCCAGGUUUUGAAUAUCUCCAGAGAAGGAGACAGAAGCUCUAUAUUUUUUACAUGGCAGGCCAGUAGUUUAACUUGUCAUCUUAUUUGCAUUACUUUUGUUUCCAAAACAACUAUUUGUAAAUAAAAACAUGUAUGAGCAAUCCUCUUCUCCAACCUCAAAUAUUUUGGUAUUAAUAUUGGAGAUAGUAACAAAACAAUAAAACCAGGAAGACAUUAAUCCCAACUAGGCCAUUGUGAAUGCUUAAGGCCAUCAGAAAACCAUUACUUAAGGAUGCACCCUUAGCAGGGAUUCACAUGCAGUUAGUUAGCCUGCAUUACACAUGCUACUGCAAAGAAAGCAUGCUAGCACAUAUGAUUGGCCCUAUUUGCAGUUGCAGCCUCCUCAUGCUACUUUCCUCAUCUGUAGUACCUUGCAUCUCAUCAGCUAAAGCCAGCUAUAAACACAGCAGUCAUUUUUCUUAUUUUAGCAGUAACAAAACUGCAUAGAGAAAUCACUGCUUCCAUUUGCAGAGAGAAAUAUCCAGGUGUGUCAGUAACUGUUUAAGCAGAAAGAAUUGAGCAUGCCCAUUUGCGUCUGAUGCACUUAGUUUCAGAAACAGGUCCUAAGUCAUGAAUUACUCUUCCAUGGGGAUGAGCUUCAUCAAAUGAAUUCUGCUCCUGCAAGUAACACAGUUGCACCAUCCUUUUAAGCAAACAAGGCAUGUAAAAAGGUAUUAUUAGGAAGCACUGAGGUACACACUGAAAAACAUUUUCCAAAAACUUGCUGGGAGACUGCGUAACAAAGGGGUUGUGGCAUUUAGGCUUUGGGUUUUGUUCCCUUAGGAAGUGCUUGGGAGGGUCUACCACCGCUGCCCUGUAGUACAUCAGCUAUUGCGGUGGGCUGGCCUUGGGCUGCAGGCAGCUGCCUACCCAGCCACACUCUCGCUGCCCCAUGGGUCAAAAUUAAGACAGGGAGAUUGCUUAGCAGUUACCAUUGGGGCAAAAGAGACUUGACUCAGGGAAAGGUAAUUUACUGCCAGUUAAGAUAGAUUUGGGCAGUGACUGAAUUUCUCUAGAUUCAAGAGAAAAAAUAUAUUUUUGCAUUACGCUUUUACAGUUUGAAUGGUUUUAUCUCAUUUCUUUAAUUCUUUCAAAUGAAUCACACUAUAAACCACUGGUAGAUGUGAUCAGUCCCUCAAGACAGCUGAAAAGCUCUUCUCCUAUGUGCCAUGAGUAUCUCCUUUCCUGGUCAGAUGAGAUGGCUUCAUUCCAUUUCUCUCCAUCUCCAGCCCUCGCUUUCACAUCCUGC